GAAUGAACGCCUGACUGACACACCGCCGCUUAAUACCGUUAGCUAGAUAGAAACAUUAGCUAUUUGUUUUAAUUCUGUAGUUCUGGGGGGAAAGAAAAUAUGACAACUCUAACAAGGCAAGACCUCAAUUUUGGACAAGUGGUUGCUGACAUCCUGUGUGAGUUCCUGGAGGUCGCUAUUCAUCUCAUCCUGUAUGUCCGAGAGGUUUAUCCCUCUGGAAUCUUUCAGAAGAGGAAGAAAUACAAUGUACCCGUGCAGAUGUCAUGUCACCCAGAGUUGAAUCAGUAUAUCCAAGAUACGCUUCAUUGUGUUAAGCCACUCAUUGAGAAGAAUGAUGCAGAGAAGGUGGUAGUGGUCAUCAUGGACAAAGAGCAUCAUCCAGUAGAGAGAUUUGUGUUUGAGAUUUCCCAGCCUACACUGCUGUCCAUCAGCUCCGACACAUUACUGUCACACGUGGAGCAGCUGCUGAGGGCGUUCAUCCUGAAGAUCAGUGUGUGUGAUGCUGUUUUAAAUAAUAACCCACCAGGGUGUUCAUUUACAGUUCUAGUACAUACCAGAGAUGCUGCUACACGCAACAUGGAGAAGGUUCAAGUCAUCAAGGAUUUUCCAUGGAUAGUUGCUGAUGAGCAGGAGGUCCACAUGCAGGAGCCUAGACUCAUCCCACUGAAGACCAUGACAUCUGACAUAGUAAAAAUGCAGCUCUACGUGGAAGAGAGAGCACAGAAAACGUAGGUCCUCGCUCUGCGGGAAGAAAGGAACGUCACUGCUGCAUGAGCCUAUCUGUGACGACGUUGAAACAUGAGAAAAAUAUAUACUGUAACUCAGCCUGUGAGAGCUGAGACGGCCGGAAGGAGACAUGAGUUUUUGUUGAUCAUCAAGAAACAGAUGUGGAAUGUGUUUGUGUGGUGUGUUCAAUGCAGAUCUUCACUGUUACAUGAUGACCCAAAUGUUGCACCAUGGCAAUACAAUUCCAGGGGAUAUUUAAUACACAACUAUAAUAAUACUGGUUAUCAGUGGUGUCUAUCAGGUACCAGUUUAACCCUCGGUCGUCUUCUAUCUUCACUGUAAAAUAUUCACUCUGUUUAUCUUUGUAGGGAACUUACAGUUUACUUGUAGGGCUUAGGCCCCCUAGAGGCUGUCUUUUCACCUCCACAGGGGGGUCAGAGGUUACAUCACCUUGCUCUGUCAUGGCAGUACUGUGCAUGCUGUUGGUCAGGAAUGCGGUGUGAAAGUUUUGGGUGGAUUCCUGUGGAAUAAAAUGGAUCUUGGUGUGUUUUCUUAUGCACAUUUGUAAUCAUGUUUGCUUCAAUUGUUAUGUGAAAAAUUAAAAAUUUUCAUGUUGUGACAGGAAAGUUUUUACUGGUGAUAACAAUGUUAUUUGAUAUAUGUGAAAAUAUAUUGAAUUGUAAUAAAACCAUUUUAAGUGCCAA